ACACCCACCGCGCCGAGGCCGUGACAGUCAGUUGGGCCUUGUUGGGCUUCCUGGUCCGCAGCUCCGCCUCGCCUCGUCUCGAUCCUGCCGGACACUGGGAACACUUCUCAACAGAACAAAAGCGGCGAUCGCGACGGAACACCGCUCACUUGGAACUAAAAGACGGCGAAACGGCGGGCGAGAGCAAGUCCGACAAACUUGCGUUCCUCGGCCGGUAAUCCGACGCGGUGCUCGGUUAAAUAAGACCAGGGUCAAGCCGCCAGACGGACGGGCAUUGUGUCCAGUCUUCUUCCAAACUUCGGCCAUUUAGAGCCGCCUCUCACCAAACGGAAACUGGGCUUUUGCUUCGUCUUUGUCUUUUCGCUCACACGGAGCCCCGGGACGACGGAUCCUUUUGGCCGUUCACAGGCUUCUGCUGCUCAGUUUGCCUUUGUGAAGUGGCUCUACUUGUCUUGGAAGUGGAACAAAGCUCAACAAGAAAAGGGUAAAAGACCCUACGUACAGAGCCCAGAUGGCGACCUACGAUGAACAAAAUGGCACAGUGGGACUACAUGCGGCCAAGAAGUUCUUGGAUGGCAAAACGACAAAGACUGUUUGUAAAGUAAAGCAAGAAGAUAAACGCGCUGCUAAAGAUUUGCAUCUUUCUGCCAGGUCAUCGGAAAACAGUCCGGGCUCUGCGUCCAGCUUCACCACCAACCACAACUCUGUUGUGUGCUUGCCCCUUGUGUCAGAAGAACUCAAAUUGGUGUGGACACAUUCUGAUCAAACCCGCGAACUUGACUCCAUUCCAGAGCUGGUCCAAGCCUUUAACUUGUUUCCAUACCCGUCGUCACUUGAGGUCAACACCCUAGCACGGGUGUGUUCUUUGCCCUUGGACAAAGUUAAGGUUUGGUUUAUGGUACAGAGAAUUAAAUAUGGUAUCAGUUGGUCAUCAGAGGAGAUAGAGGAGACACGACGGAAACUGUCAGUGCCAUAUUCUUUUGAUGACUCCACUGAAACAAGUGAGGAAGCCAAAGUAAUUGAGGAUAAAGAUUCUGAAACAGAGCCCAUUGUCCCCAGUGAGACUCAGCAGAAAAAGAAACCAAAAUGUGAAUCACCAGAUUCUUAUAAACCAACCAAAUCCACCUCCCCGUGUUUCAGUUCCACAUUACCGCCGCCUCAGGAUUCUUACUUUUACCGGCCACCGAGUGACAUAGCGAUAAGCGCUACUGCGGCUGCUGCUGCCGCCGACGCCGCUGCUGAGGUGUCCUUAGACCUUUCGGGGUCCUCUCCACAACAAAACCGUCAUGGACGCUAUAAAAAGUCUAAAGCUCAGCUUGCUGCACUUCGCAAGAGCUUCUUGAGAGAAAACUGGCCUGCAGAGGUGGAGCUAAGGCGCUUGCAGGAAGAGACUGGUUUGAGCCGCAAUGACAUCCGCAAAUGGUUCAGCGACAGCCGUUACCAGCUUAGAGUCGGACGAGGAAGCCUGGCAGCAGCCCAGGGCUUUUCUAACCUCCCAGCCGUAGGAGGCAAACCCGAACAACAAAGUGAACCUCUUUCACUUACGACUCAAAAGAGUCAUCUUUUUAAUCCCGUGGGGAAGGGCCAGGAGGGAGCCCGAAGCAAUGCGAUACGAAAUUCACAUUUUUUUCAGACCUUCUUGUCUCACAGCCUUGAGGCAUUCGGGGAACGGGACCUGGAGGGAGAGGGAUAUGAAGCAAUAAUGGAAGAUCUGUCUGGUGAUGGAGACAGUCUGAAAGACGGGGAACAGAGUGAAGAAGAACCUUUACAGCUGGUUAAGCCCUGCAAGCUUGACCAACACGCUCCUCCACAGGAACCACCCGACACGUUCAAAUCCUCUCCCUGCUCCUCCCCCUCUGGAACUCCACCACUUACAGCAUCACCAUACAAACAGCCCCCAAACAGCAUCAGCACAUCAAAGAAGUCAGUCCACUCAGCCAGGGGCAAUAAUCUACACCUCUCCACAGCAUCCACAUCCCGAACAUCUGCUGGCAGACCAAGGAAGACCAAGGAGCAGUUGGCUUUAUUAAAGCAGCACUUCUUACGCUGCCAGUGGCCCAAGAGCGAAGAUUAUACAGAACUUGUUAAGAUUACAGGUUUACCUAGAGCUGAUGUUAUCCAGUGGUUUGGGGACACACGUUAUGCUGUUAAAAACGGCCAACUGCGAUGGGUUAAGGGGGUCCGUGACAAAUUCUUGGCAGAGCUUGCCGCCCAGCAGAGUAAUGCCGGUUUACCUAUCGGCUCAGGAACGUCUCCGCGGGUUGGAGGUAGCCGCAAACGUAAAUCUCAAGUGAAUGGAACCUGUAUGGGUUCCCCAAAUGUCCAGCCAUUAGUAAACUACUUCCUCUCAACGGGCUCGCUCAACGAAAAAGACCUUGACAUAUUAUGCAAGAAAUCAAAAAUGAGUUACCAACAAGUGCGAGAUUGGUUUUCAGCUCAGAUCAUUGGGGAGACUGACCGAGAACCUGUUGUUACAGAUUAAAGCAAUAGAACCAUACUGAAAGGUUCAUGUUGACUGAGUACUCCUAAUAACGUUUCUACCAGCAAUCUUAGUUGUCAUUUGGUAUAUACAUUUUGCUUUAUCUGAAGCAUGAUUGUCACAUUUAGUCUUCCAAGUACAAGCCCAAAUCGAGGUUUGAGGCAUGUAUAUUUACUUCAUUUUCUGCUUAUCCUAAUAUAUUUGAAACUGAAGAAUUUUGCUGCCUGUGUUACUGUAAAUAGGAAAGAAACAUGUACACUGGUUUGCUAUAUUUUUGUCUUUAUUUGUUUAGAUAUAAAAUGCAGAAUAGCUAAUUGUAGCAGUAAUUUAAAAUGGUGGUUUUUUUGGUACCCGAGUACGGUGGACGAGACAAGAUUACUGUUGACUUUGCCACUGACAUCAUUUUGUGUAAUCAUUCCUUAAUAACCCAUUAUUCCUUAUAAGGAAUGCACACUGGACAUUUUCCCCUUUAAUUUGACAUCUUGCACUUUGGAUUUGGAGCCUGCUGCCGUUAUGUUUAAUAAGUCCAAUUAUUUCAUGUACUAAACACUGUCCUCCUUUAACCUGCUGUUGUUUAACUUAUACAGGUUUAGAUUAAAAAAAAAAAAGUUACAAA